AUGCCAAGAUCUUUUCGCACAGGUACACCUUUACCAGUUGAUUUGGAGAUAGAGAAAUCUGCUAAACAAAGAAGGAAGCAAGCCAGACUUUUAGAGAAACAACAACAAUCUGGAGUUUCUUCAUCAAAUCCAUCAACCCCAUCUUCGCCAACAUCCAAAAGUACCACCUCAUCAUCUUCACCUUUACCCGAAUCUGAAACCUUUAUCCCUACUCCUACCAUGGGAGACAACCAUUGCCAACAUCCUCCACAUCCACCACCUGAACAAACCUUUAGACAAUGGGCCACUCAAGAUGUCACCCAACAACCUUUGUGCAUAAAUUACCCUGCAGCAAUCAACUUUGAACUCAAGUCUGGACUCAUCCAUUUGUUACCCUCAUUCUGUGGUCUUGAGAAUGAAGACCCACAUAAAUUCCUUAAGGAAUUUCAUGUUGUCUGUGUAGGUAUGAAGCCACAUGAAGUUACAGAAGAUCAAAUCAAGUUAAGGUCAUUCCCCUUUGCGUUACAAGAUUCAGCCAAGGAGUGGUUAUAUGAUUUACCACCGGGGUCAGUCACAACAUGGAAUGAACUUGCAAGGAUGUUUCUGGAUAAAUAUUUUCCAAAAAUGAGAGCUUCAGCUUUACGCAGAGAGAUAAUUGGUAUCAAGCAACAAAAGAGAGAAGCCUUGCAUACUUAUUGGGAACGGUUCAAGAAAUUGUGUUCAAGAUGUCCAAAACAUGGGAUUAUAGAAUAUCAGUUGUUGCAGUAUUUUUGUGAAGGAAUGUCAUCUUGGGAUAGGAGAUUACUCAAUGCAUCAAGUGGUGGAUCUAUAGCCAAUAAGACUCCAACAAAUUUCAGAAUUCUUAUCAAGAACAUGGCAGAAGAGUCCAAGCAUACAGUCCAAGAAGUAGAAUGGUACAGUAAUGCACCAAGAGGAGUGAAAGAAAUUUAUAGCCCAAAAAUUGAAAGUCAACUUUCUAAGUUGACUAAAGUAGUGAUGAUGCUUGCAAAGGACAAGGGCGUGCAACCACCAACAGUUAGACCUUGUGGUAUUUGUACACAAGUUGGACAUCCCAUUGAUAUGUGCCCAAUGUUACAAGAAGAUGUAGAGCCAGUUCAAGCUAUGGGAUUUUCAAGUCAACAACAAGGAAACUUCCAGCCAAGAAGCAAUCCAAAUUGGCAUCAACCUAAUGCCAAUUUUUAG